CAGGGUACCACGGAAGGGACAUUCCUCAGCAGCAAAGUAAAGGUCCAUGUAAGCAUUAAACCACUGCUAGUUGGGAGACUGCAGUCAUGAAGCUUUAUGUAGGGUUCAUAGUGUUCCUGUUGUACUGUUUUGGUGACACGAGCAGUGCUAAAAAGGCACGCCGCUCUGAUUCGUGGUGUCACAAAGCACCAGGACUGUCUGUGAGUCAAAGAAAGCUUUGCUUCAGAGUGCUUGGACUCGAGACUGCAAUAAAGAAAGGGAUCGAGAGAGGAUUAUCAGAAUGCGAGCGAGAAUUUCAGUGGAGUAGGUGGAAUUGUAGUGCGCUUGUAAACAAAAGUCUUUUGGAACGAGCACCAGCUGGGACAAGAGAGGCGGCGUUUACAUCUGCAUUGCUAUCAGCGUCAAUAGCCUACAGUGUAACAAAGGCCUGCACAGCGAAAAACGUCACGGAAUGCCGCUGCGAGGGAAUCAGACGUCCCAGGUACGGGCAGACCUGGAAACGGAAAGGUUGUAGUGCAAAUGCUCACUUUGGAACUUACUCAUCUGAACGUUUUAUGCUGAAUGACAGGAGAAAUAAAAGCGCUAUUGAUACACUUGUCAUGAAGCACAAUAUCAGAGUUGGACUUCAGGUUCUACAAGAGAAUCGAGUGGCAAAAUGCACAGUGGGAAAAACUGGGAGAGUUAAGUCUUGCCAUCUAACUUUACCACCACUCCACAAAAUCAGCCGAAUCAUUAAGGGAAAGUAUCACUUGGCCACAAGGGUUACUGCGCACAAACGAGGAAAGAACAAUUCACCCUUUCUGCGAACCAUUGAGCGGUACCGCGACAGACCAAAUGGAAAGAGACCAAGGAAAUCAUCUCUGGUUUACAUCCGUUACUCUCCCACCUACUGCUAUCGGCAGAAUGAAUACGGCAUUCCAGGCACGCGUGGCCGCCGCUGCCAAUUGAACUCUCUUAAAGAAGGUGACUGCACCUUGAUGUGCUGUGGUCGGGGCUACAAACGGGAGGCAAAACUUCAGAAGAGAUUUUGUGACUGUAAAACGAGUGUUGAUAAGCCAUGCAGUUGUAAAGUAUGCACAGAUGUGAUUAUGGAAAAUAAGUGCAUGUAAUGGGUCGCCUCUAAUCUAAUCUAAGGUUGAAAUCAGCUCAAAAAGUAAGACAAAGAUGAUAGAUGAAGUAUUGUAGCCGCUAAGAUGGUUAGUUGUACAAUAACGAUUUUGUUCCGUUUUGUUCAAUUGUAUCAAUAAAUGCUUAGUAGAAAAUGCAAAUGAGCACCUACACCCAUGAUACCCACGCCUAUCUUAGUCUCUUAGCUUUAAAUUUUCUUAAUGGUGAAGGUACCAACUGAAAACGAGAUUGUUGAUACGGAACAGGAAAAAUGGUAUUUUCGUGGAAGAAAUUAAUAUGAGACACAGUAAGAA